AUGUUGGAUUGGUCCAUAUGGGAAGGCGAACCAUUGAGACAUCGGAAUGCAACUGAGAUAGCCAUUGAACUGCAUGAAACGGUGCACCCAGCGAGGUGGUGCAUCACCUUCGCUGAUUUGAAACACUUCCGGUCUGAGGUGCAUCGAGUUCUUCAAGAGGGCAAGACCUUUCCAGAGAACUUCUCAAAGUAUGGGCCCAGCGUUUAUGCAGUGAAUGAACACUACAUCAAGCCAGUCACGGCUGCUGCUGGCAAAAUGAGCUGGGCGUUGAUGAUGAAUCCUGAUGGGCUUGACUGUGACUUGUUCAUCACUCACGCUUGGCAGGAAGAUGUGUUUGAGUUCACUGAGAAGGUGCUGACAUCCUGGCCUUGGCGUGCAAAUCAUGCUUGGUGCUGCAUGCUGGCAAAUCCACAGAAUCUGGAUAUUGGUGCUUUGCUUCAGUCUCCAUCAUCAUCUCCCUUUGCGCUGGCUUUGCAGAGUUCCAAAUACAUGUUGGUGGUGCCCAACCGGCAUAAAAGUGUCUACACGAGGUUGUGGUGUGGAUAUGAAGCCUAUUUGGCCUUUCAAAGCAACAAGAUCAUCCGAACGGCUACGCCUCCCAUUGGGCGCCAAGUGUUAUUGGCUUGGCUCAGGAUGCUUCCUGCACUGCUGAUUGGUGCCACUGUUGGUUUGAUCUUCAGACUGAGGCACUUUGAAGCUGCCCAAAGAUUAAUUCUGAUCCUUCGAAUGCUAUCGCUUUUCGCGAGCCUGGUGAGUCAACACUGUGGACAGAUGCGACUGUGUUUGAUUGCCAACCAUCUAGGCCUAGCCAGUGGUGUGGCCGCCAUUAUCGGAGGUGAGUUACUUCUGAGUGGAUUUAGCUACCUUACUCUUGUGACAACAAACCUGUUGGCUAUCAUCAAGUAUGCUUCCUAUUUUUGCAUCGUCCUAUACUUCUUACUUGCUGAAGUCGACCGAGUUAGCUGCCAAAUAGAAGCGCAAGAGGCAGAAGCAUUGCAACAUCACUAUCAAGGCUCAAUUCGGCACGCGUCAUGCUCCGAAGUUCAAGAUGAGGUGAACAUUCGCAAUGAAAUUGGUGAUCAGAUUGAUGAAGUGGACAAAGUAAUCCAAGUUCUGUUGAAGGCUGGGAUGACGUCGGAUGCACUUCGGGAUGCACACUUGCAGGGAGUCGAACUUCGGCAUGCGGGCUUCGUGCAAUUGGCCAUCCCUGUGCUUAUGCUUGGGCCUUUGUUGAUUCUGGGCUGUUGGCUUGAGGUUCGAAUUCUGCUUUAUGCAGGAGGCCAUCCGCUCGGAAGAGUCUAUACCUGGUUUGUAUGCAUCGAACUCGGAUCAAUCCUUGCUAGGUUUGCCUUCUUGGGUCUACUUUUGAAACGCUACAUCGAUGAACGAUGUUUCAUGCUAAAUGUGAUGGCAAAGAUUGUGACGGUCUUCUACUUUUGUCUCAUCGAGCUGGGUCCUUUGGGGAAUGAAACCAUGUUUUGCGUGCUGCACACUGUGUAUUGCCUCUCCUUCUUGGUGGCGGUGUUCUUUGCUGCCUUGGGCAUCCGCGGCACAUUGAAGUUACCAUGUGGCAGGCUCUUGGCCCAAUUCUUCCUGUCACGUCUCGUCGGGCCCACCUUGCACACGGCUCGAGCGCUGGACGGCUCGCGCUGCGCAUCCGCCAGUCACCCGAGCGGCUCGGGGUCCGAGACCUCAGGCUCCGAGAGUUGCAGAAGUAGCGGAAGCAACGAGUAG